CAACCCCACACGGCUACUCCACCCAUCUUUUCACUCUCAACCCAACCUCUUUUAAUUUCUUCUUUUCUCCCAUAUACAACUAUUUAUUUACACAAACAACAUUAAAACACACACAAAUCCUUUCUACAGACGCCUAUAAUUUCUUUUCUCUGCCUGCCUUUGCUCACUAACUCCCACAAGAGGGAGAAAGUAAUAAAAAAAAUAUUUGGGGCUUUCCGCAAAAAAUCUCCAAUCCGAACACAUUCCCCGCAACUUGAUGCUACAAACCAAAAGAAUCCCACUCGGAAAACGCGUGAUUGCGUAAUACAUACAAAGGGAGUAACAAGUUAUUACAAUCUGUUUUGAACAAGAGGCCAUCAUCAGCUCAGUCCACAAUCUGCAGCUUCACAGAUUUUUCGAAUUAAAUAAUUAUAGCAAAAAAGAAAAAAAAAGGAAAAGUGCAGAAAUCGAGAAAAGGAAAUGGGAAAGAACGGUUCGAGAGACUGGACGCAGAUCUACGCGAUAUACGGCGUCGACGACUGGCAGAUGCCGGCGUUCCUCCUCCUCCACGCCGUCGUCUUCUCCGCCCUCUCCCUCCUCUUCCUCCUCUACUUCGAGCCCAUCUGCCUCUUCCUGCACCACUUCCUACCGGGCCCCGCCUCGGCCCGAUUCGCCGCGGGAUUCACGGGUUCGGUCACGGCCCUCUCCGCCGUCUGCCUCUUCUUCGCGGCGGCCAACUUCCUCUACUCUGCCGUGUCCCUCCACUGGGAAAUGUCGCAGCGCAUAGUCUCCGCCGUCCCCGACUGGUCCGCCGUCCGUCACGCCCUCGACCUCGGCUGCGGCGGCCGUGGGAUCCUCCUCAACGCCGUGGCCAUGCAGCUCAAGAAGUCGGGGUCAUCCGGCAGGGUCGUGGGCCUCAGCCCGGCCCGCACGCGCGGUGGGUCCGUUAGCCCGAAUCACACCCUAAGGACCGCCGGCCUGGAGGGCGUCCAGGAGUAUGUAACCUGCAGGCCAGGGGACCCUCGGACGCUGCCGUUCAGCGACAGGUACUUCGACGUGGUAGUGUCGGCGGUGUUUGUGCACAGUGUGGGUAAGGAGUUGGGGGUUCGGUCGGCGGGGGCGGCGGCGGAGAGGAUGAGGGUGUUGGGGGAGUUGGUGCGGGUGCUGAAGCCCGGCGGGGUUGGGGUGGUGUGGGACGUGGUGCACGCGCCGGAGUACGUGCAGAGGCUGAACGAGCUGAGGAUGGAGGAGAUAAGGGUGUCGGAGAGGGUCACCGCCUUUAUGGCCGCCAGCCACAUCGUCUCCUUCCGGAAGCCAUCUCACCUACUCGCUGCCCCUGGGGAGGUCAGACUCGACUGGAGAUUCAACAAUCUGUCUUGACUUUGCCUUUUCGAAUAUAUUAUUAUAUAUUAUCAGAUUUAUUUAAUAUAUAUUGAUAAUAAUAAGAUAAAACAAGAGCGGGUUUUUCUUUAUUAUUAUUAUAUUGUCUUGUUAGGAGGCAAAAAAGAGAAAUUGGAAUUUUUCUGGGGAUACGAAGUGGAACCAGAAAAUUUGUGACUUGAGAGUGAGGGUGAAAUUUUAGUUUAGUGGUACAAGUGGAAGUGGAGACUCUGGAAUAUUUUAUUAUUCUAUUAGAAAAGCAGUCUUGUUUAGGAAUGUGUAAAACUGUAAAUAGUGGUGGUGAGAUAGAAAUUAUUCUUGCCAUCUUAUUUGAUCUCAUAAAUGUAAAAGGAAUAAAAAGGUCGAUGUGAUUUGCAGUUAUUACUUCUUUUUUCUAUUCUAUUAAUGCUGAUAUGUUUUUUUCAAUAUCGGCUGGAUUAGCUGUUUUGACUAGUGG